GUGUUUUUCACUCAAUUCAAAAUGGCGGAAAAUCUAGUUAGGCUUAUUUGCAUACCAUGAUUGACCUUUUUGUAGAGCAUGCCGAAGAGGACAUGUGUGCCAACUUUCAUGUUGAUCGGACAUCGGGGGUAAACUGGCCGUGUGGUCUUUUUUACAUUUCUAGAGGGCGCUAUAGAGACAUUUUAUACACAAACGUGAGACCCAAAUAUUAUCACAUUUUUUUACAGUCCAGAUAUCCAUGCAACAACUUAUUGAAUAAGGCCCCAAAAAGGCCCGCGGUUUGUGAGAAUAAUAAUAAUAAUAAUUCCUUAAAAUACAAUAGGUUCCUCUACGACUAGUCGUAGCGAGGACCCUAAAAAGUAAUAGUUUAAUCAAUCAGUUCAUGAUUUCUGCAGGAAACGUUUGAGUCACAGGAGCUGCUGGGCUGUGAUUGGAGGAGAGAGGCGCGUUCACCGCAGGAAUGCAGCGCUCAGGUGGAGGGAGGGAGAGAGAGAGAGAGACGUGCACACAUCCCGUGCACGGUGCAGGACUCGCAGUGCGCUCCCGGUGGCUCUUUAUUUCCGCGGCACGGUGCGCUGAUUGGAGCCGUUUGUGCUGAGUGGAAUCCGGCCACAAAGAGAAGAGAAGCAACACCUUCUGGAGCUCCAACUUACCUGCUGAACAAUGACCGAGAAGGUCUCAAGCUGCACACUCUCACCUUUGGAAUAAUGUGAAGCUGCUGUUCUUCUGGUUUAGUUUCUUUGCACCUGGAGGUUCAGCAGAAGACGCGCUUGUUCUUCCCGAAAGACAAACCUUGACGUGAUGUGUUUUGGGAACUGAGUGACAGCUUUUUGGAAGAGCUCUGCAGCCGAAGAUCCCAACGUUCUACCAAACGAGUUGAAGACCAGAGUAGCAGGAGAAGCUCCGCGGGAGAGCGGCUCCAUGGAGCGCGCGUCGCAGCGCGCAGCCGGGAUGCGCCGCGCGUCUGUGCCGCGACGUUUCGCCCCGUGACGCGGGAUCCAAACGGCACCUGAAUGCAACAUACCUGACCCCCCAGGAUCCACCAUGUCCUCCACACCACUGACGAGGAAGCUGACUCUGUGCCGGGCCCUGACCUUCGUCCUGCUGCUGCUGGCCCCCGUCUCCCCGUCGCCCCCCCCGCAGGGCGUGAGUACCCGGCGUCCCUCCGGCGAGGCCCCGCGCGCCCGGCGGCAGCCGCUCUUCCGGAACGAGUGGGCGGCGUGGAGCGGCUGGUCCGUGUGCUCGCGCAGCUGCGGGAGCGGCGCCUCGGUGAGGACGCGCACCUGCUUCACCAGGAACCCGGCGGGGGGGCCGUGCUCAGGAGAUCCCAGACAGUACAAGAUCUGCAACACCAAGGAGUGCCCCCCCAGCUCGGAGGAUUUCAGAGAGAUGCAGUGUGCUGCCUUCAAUGACAGGCCGCUGGUGGCUGGAAACUCCUUCCAAUGGACCACGUUUCAUGGAGGCUCCAACCCCUGUGAGCUGAGCUGCUUGGCGUUGGGUCACAACUUCUACUACAACUUUGGCCGCGUGCUCGAUGGCACGGCGUGCGGCACGGAGCCCGGAGCGCUGUGUGUCAGCGGCCGCUGCCUGAAGCCCGGCUGUGACUCCAUCCUGGGCUCAGAGCAGCAGGAGGACGCCUGCAUGGUGUGUGGAGGACUAAACACCACCUGCCUGCACCACAGGAGCGUGUACCAGAGCAGCCGUCUGGAGGCAGGCGGACCUUUUGGGUACAACGAAGUGGCCAUGAUUCCAGCUGGAGCCACUCACAUCCGAGUCACCGAUAACAGCAGGAACUAUCUGGCCCUCCAGAACGGUCGCUCCCAGUUCGUGAUCAACGGUAAUUGGAAGAUCAACAUUCCCGGCGAGUACAAUGUUGCCGGGACGAAGCUGCUCUACCGGCGCUCGGCAGACACCUGGGAGAGCUUCGAGGUACCAGGACCGACCCAGGAAGACCUCCAUCUAAUGGUGCUGGCGACAGACAGGAACCCGGGCAUCGAGUACGAGUACUGGCUUCCGCCAGGCAAAUACGCCCUGCACCACGGGAGGAGUCCACUGCGAGAAGCUCAGCACUCCGCCAACUACCUCCCCUGGGAUCACCCCACCCCCACCACCCCCACCAGCACCAGCAGGCCUCCUCCUGUCAUCACCAGACCCCACUGGUAUUUAAGGCCUUUGAAGCCGCCACACCAACCCCCCCACCACAACCGCCCCCACCAGCCCAUCCUGCCUCGCCUGGAGCGGGAGGAGAACCACAGGAACCUCCUGCCCCAGCCUCCCCCUAGAAGGCAUUGUGGGAAGUGUCGGCGGGUCAAAGGUCGAGGGGAACGCCAGAGACAGUAUUGCCAGAAGGACUUUGUUUUUCGGGGCAGAGUCCUCGGGAAGCUGUACCUCGGCGAGGAGACGCGCUACGACGUCCAGAUCCUCCACACCUACCGCAACGGCUUCCGCCUGGAGCACCGCGAGUUCCUGUGGGUGCCCAACGUGUGCGACUGCCCCCCCCUGGAGGAGGGCCGGCAGUACGUGCUGAUGGUCCGCCGCCACAUCAACCACGAGCGCACGCUCAACCGCAUCCUGCUGGAGGAGGACAGCUACGCCGCGCCGUACCGACCCCGAGAGGACGCGCUGCUGAGGCCGCUGCACCGACUCUGCAGCAACGCAGGACGCCACGAGGCCACGGGAUGAGUGUGUGUGUGUGUGUGUGUGUGUGUGUGUGUGUGUGUGUGUGUGUGUGUGUGUGUGUGUGUGUGUGUGUGAGAGAUUCGCUCCCAGAGCUUCAUUUCUGGACCUUUCAGAAUCCUCCCUGGACUCCCGUUGGUUUCGUCCUCUUAUUUAAAAGCCGCUUCCUGUUUCAUGUCGAGCACUUUCGGUGGUGCUUCCACCUUUAAACACAAACCAAAGAGAAGAACAUUUACUGAAAUGGCCUUUUUGUAAUUGCUGUUUUUCCACAGCUGUCAUUUUUAAUUUUCCUUUUUUUUAUAUUACUGUAAAAUGUAUUAUUAUUAUAUUAUUUGUGUGUAAACUCUUUUGCUAAAAAACAGCUGAUUGAAAAGUGUCUAAUUCGAAUGACUAUGAGCAACAUUUAAAACAUUUAAAUGGAAACACGGGUAUCUGUAGCUUUGGAAUAUUCAGAAUAUUUAAACCUGCAGAACUUCCAGCUGCACGAAGUAAAAAAGAUUCUUACUAAUUCUAACAAUUUAGAAAUGAAAUUUGAACCAAGUCUUCCUGAGACUGUUAUUGUUUGUUGUGCAUUUUGCAACAUGCAACCUUUUCUUUUAGGUCACAAUAUAUUUAUGCAUAAAAAACAUAAGCUUAAACCACAACUCAUUAACUUGUGUGUCACUUGUUUAACGGUAUUUUUGUUUGAUUGUGUGUUAAAUCGGGUCUGCUUUGUGAUGAGAAAGAGAUUAUGAAAUAUACAGUAUUUUAUUGCAUGGCACUGAUUAGUAUACUAAAGUAUAAUUUAACUAUAUUUGUUUUGACAAAACGUA